UUCAUCUCUCUUCCCCUCACCAGUCCUUCUUCACCUCCGGCUGCCGCCACGGCCAGACCGGCGUGGUGGUGCUCCUCCACAGCCCAUCCAGCCACCAGCGCCAUCCAUCACCAGCACCAACACCCAGCGCCACCCAGCACCUCCACACGCUCCACACCGCCGCCAUCCAUCACCACCACUCCCCGCUUCACCGCGCCAUCAUCACCCCCGCCCCACUGAACACCUCCGUGCGAGAGUUUCCCUGCUGCCGUCCUUCUUUCCUUGCCUCUGCUGCUGCUCUUGCUUGUGCCCCUGUGCUGCUGCCUUUCUUCUCCCCUUGCUACUGCUCUUCUUCUCCUACGCCUUGCUGCUGCUCCUUCUUCCCUCGCCUUGCUGCUGCUCCUCCACUUCUCAACUCGAACCAACUGCUCCUCCUCCUUCCCUUGCCUCUUCCCAAAUGCUGCUGCUCCUCUCCUCGCCCCUUUUGCUGCUGCUCUUCUCUGAAACCUCAAAACUGCUGUUGCUCCUCCCUAUUGCUUCACCCCUACUGCUCCUCCUCUCAACGUCUUGCUGCUGCUCUUCUCUGAAACCUCAAAACUGCUGCUUCUUCUCCCUCUCUCUAUUCUCUAAUUUUCUGUAAUCUUGAGUAGUGUAAUGUUCAUUACUUUGAAAUGUUCAGAAUUGAGAUGUGUAGCACUUGUAAGGUUCAGAUUUUGAUAAGUGUUUGCAACCAACUAGUUUGCUCAGUUCGUACUUGUUAAAUAUCAUGUCAUAAAAAUAUGUAAUAUUUUGUUACUUUGGUAAUUAGUGUUCUGUCAGCAUAUAUGUGUGUUCACCCUGUGUAUUUCUUCUCGCUGUACUUGUUAAUUUCUAUCAGUAAUUUUUAGUUGUUAAAUACUGUUGUGUUGAUCUGUGGGUACUAAUCUUGUGGCUUGUAAGAUUUCGUUUCUGUUGUCACUUGUGUAACCUGAACCGUGGUGUAGUAUCCUGUUCGCAUAUGUGUGGUUUGGCGUGUUCUGUAGUCCCCGUAUCAGCUAUGUACCUGUGAUAUAUGAAUGUGCGUGCGUGUGUGUGUUUGAUUAGAAACAAUUAUAUUCUGUCAUAUAUUGUCGCUUCUUCCUACUGUUAUAUGUUUGAUACUAAUGUGUCCUUGUCUUGUAGCUUUACUUGAUAUUGACUCCUGUUUGUGUUAGUAUUUUAAUUCCUCAAAUAAAACAAAAUACCAAAAAGAUAGUGAGUAAUAUCUUAACCUCCCUUUGCUAUUUUGCAUUUUCUUGGUGGAUUAUCUUCGGGUACAAUCAUUGUUAGUUUAGAUUCUUAUUUUCUGCAUUUAUCUCUUAAAAUUGUGCUACCUAGCUUUAGCCGAGCAUAGUCGUCGUCGCCUAGUCCCUGUGGAGAACACGACAUCCGUAGUUUGGGGCGUAAAAACCCCGUUGUACCUACAAUUGACCAUUUUGGCGCCGUUGCCGGGGACUAGUGUCGAGUGACCGUGUUAGGCUAUAGACUAGUUUUUUCUUCUUUUUCUAUUUUGUGCCAUAUAUUUGUGAUAUAUCUCUAACUCCUAACCCUUGUUCCAGAUUAUUUCCUCUUUGUUUUCUUUUCCUUUUUGCAGGUUAGAACCAUCUUCUCGGAUAUGGCUUAGUAUUCAGAUCAUCAUGCUUAUGCGAGCAACACUACAAACAGCACGGAAAGUAUUCAAGAACUGAUAAGUAAGAUUUCCCAUCAAUUAGAUGAUUUAGCUCGGCAGCGAGAAGUAGUUUUUGACGAUAGGCCUAGCUCUUAUGAUCCUUGUUCUAGAGGCCAUCCUUAUGUUGCUCCUACUUGCCAUAUUUGUGGAUUUCAGGGCCAUUCGCUCGCUGAAUGUCAGCGUGGUUACUCUCACACUCCAGAUUGUUUUGGCAUGAGCUUCGCUCAACAGCAUAGCUCAUACCAAAACAAUUACUCAUAUAGGUGGCCUGAAAACCCGAAUAUGUCAUAUAGGAGCAACAACCCUGAGAUCUCACCAUUUGCUUCUAGUAAUCAUAUGCAGGGAUUUAGGUACAAUGAGGAGAGCUACAACUAUGCUCCACAACAGAUUUAUUCAGCUCCUACUCAUAUACCUCAACACCAGGAGAUGUUGCCAAUGGAGUUAAAUGGUCCUCCAUUUGGUCAACCAACAACUCCAGCAACUGCUGAGCAAUCUCAUGUGCAAGUGCCCACACAAGAUGAAUUUGAUGAUAUAGACAAGCUCACAUUGCUUAGUCUCGAGUUCACUUGGAGUGCUGAGGAUGAUCCAAUUAGGCCGAUGAUACUAGAUGAAAUGAAGAAUAUCAAGAGUGGAAAAGAGCUAGUGAAUGAAGUAAGGAAGAUUGAGAAGAACAUCAACGCUGGUAGUACUAUCUCAUCUCUCCUUGAGCUGAGUGCUGCUAAGAUUUCUAGUCAUACAUGUGAGGUUCCAACACCGUCACAUUUAGCUGAGCAAGAUAGCGAGAGCCCAGAUGAAGAGAUACCUCGGAUUGAAGAUGUACUCGAAGCCAAGGCACAAGAUGAUCCAGAGCUCAAAUGCCCAAGUGAUCAAGUCGAAGACUCAUCAUCUACAACUCCUGAAGAAGUAGAAGAAGCUGUUGUAGUUGAAGAUGAAGAACCAGAAAUUCAAUUGCCUAUCAUCAUACAAGAGUGUGACAUUGCAGGUUUAUCUAAUCCUGUCAAUGGCAUGUCCCCAUAUGAAUUGUUUGCUACUACCUUGCAUUGCAUGAUGCCAUCUGUUAAAGUAGAUUUGAAAAAGUAUUUGCUUGGAUAUGAUCAUAUAUACCCUGUUAGUGGCAUUACUCACAUUAGUGAUGAUCACAGUUACUUUCCUCGUGCUAGACCUAUGCUUUAUGAAACAUAUCAUUCCCAUGCUAGUCUUGAGCUUAAUGGUAAAUAUCAUCCUCAUGUUAGUGUUGACCUUGCUGAUUUCUACCAUCCUAAACAUGUGCUUUAUAGCUAUGCUUAUGUAAUUGGAUAUUCGAUUGAUGACUUGGAGGGUAUUAUCCCUACCACUUGCAUUGUCUCUUUUGUUGUGAGUGCUUUUAGGUUUUUGCUUGUGCACGAUCCACUACAUGCUGACCAGGUUCGAGGUGACAUUCCUUGGGACCCUGGUGGACUUAGAGAAUGGGGAUGAGGAGAAGCAAGGGGGCACACACGAGGAAGGGAGAAGCUGGAGCAGGCAUGAGGAUAGAGAAGCAAAAGGAGAGGAGCUGCAGUUGGUGAGGUGAUCGAGCGAGUGCUACAUCAUCAAAGCCCGAAAAGUGCGCAAAGGCACUAUAAUCUUCAAGAUUCGGACGAAUUGGCCAUUGAGAAGAGAGAAGGGCAGGAAAGAAGUGAAGAAAGGGACCUGAGCAUGAAGGAAAGAAGAAACCGGGGGCCAAAACUAAAGAAGGAAGGGCUCUACUUGGGAAGAAAGAAGAAAGGAGAAGGGCCAAAGUAAAAAAAAAGACAGAUCAGGGAGGGGGUCAAAAUCCCUAGCGCUGCUCCAUUCCCAAAUUGGGCCUGGCCACAUCUUCAUCUCUCUUCCCCUCACCAGUCCUUCUUCACCUCCGGCCGCCGCCACGGCCAGGCCGGCGUGGUGGUGCGCCUCCGCAGCCCAUCCACCCACCAGCGCCAUCCAUCACCAGCACCAACACCCAGCGCCACCCAACACCUCCACACGCUCCACACCGCCACCAUCCAUCACCACCACUCCCCGCUUCACCGCGCCAUCAUCACCCCCUCCCCACUGAACACCUCCGUGCGAGAGUUUCCCUGCUGCCGUCCUUCUUUCCUUGCCUCUGUUGCUGCUCUUGCUUGCACCCCUGUGCUGCUGCCUUUCUUCUCCCCUUGCUACUGCUCUUCUUGUCCUACGCCUUGCUGCUCCUCCUUCUUCCCUCGCCUUGCUGCUGCUCCUCCACUUCUCAACUCGAACCAGCUCCUCCUCCUCCUUCCCUUGCCUCUUCCCAACUGCUGCUGCUCCUCUCCUCACCCCUUUUGCUGCUACUCUUCUCUGAAAUCUCAAAACUGCUGCUGCUCCUCCCUAUUGCUUCACCCCUACUGCUCCUCCUCUCAACGUCUUGCUGCUGCUCUUCUCUGAAACCUCAAAACUGCUGCUUCUUCUCCCUCUCUCUAUUCUCUAAUUUUCUGUAAUCUUGAGUAGUGUAAUGUUCAUUACUUUGAAAUGUUCAGAAUUGAGAUGUGUAGCACUUGUA